AUGGCCCAAAAAGAUGACAGAACACCAAAUCCUCCACUAAAAUAUACAGAAGCAGCAAAAAGUUACGUGAGGAGCUUCAUUGAAAAACUUCCUGCAGUGCCGUCGCACUAUAACAGAAAAAGGACUAACAGAACGUAUCUCCCACAAGAACUGAAUAACUUAACAAUCUUAUAUCGUAUUUAUUUAAAAGAUUGCAAUGAAACCGGCCAAGAAAAUGUUAGUGAGACUGUAUUCAGAAGUAUUUUUAGGGAAUACAAUAUCAGCUUCCAUAUCCCAAAAAAAGAUGAAUGCAUAACAUGUAUCAACGCUGAAAAUAACAAAGAAACCAUGAAUGAUAUUGAUAAAGAGUCGAUGAAUGCACAUAUUGAAGAAAAAAAUCCUACAAAACUGGGAUUCAAGAUCCACAAAAUCUAA